UACUUACAAUAUAAAAUAUACAUAAGUUUUAACUACAAGAAUAUCAGGUAAAAUGAAAUCCAGUCCCUUAAUCUUUAAGCCAGUGUAACUUCGAGACAUCUGUCUGAUACAGACUUAUACAAAUGACGGUGUAGUAGGCUACAGUAAAAUAAAUGUUAAAGAUUUUGUUUAUGGAACUGAAAUAGUAUCGUUUCUCAAAAAAGUUGAUGUAGUAUGGUUUUAUGGAAAAUGAAAAAAUGAGUCUUUACCCGGUUGGAAUGGUUUUAUUGAACGUUUAACAAAUAAUCAUACGAAUUAUUCUAAAUCUCAAAUUUCAUUUUUACCAUUUAUUCACCAACCAACCAGUAACUAUAAUACUAUCUAUACGACUUUACUUUGUGCAUUAGAGAAUGCAAAACGGUAUGGCCACACUGUAUGCAUCGUGACUUUCGACCAGCCCCUGUAUGCUAAAGCUCGAGAAAUUGUAUCAGCCGCACCUCAGCGCUCUGAAUUAUCAAAAAUCAUCAUCAGACUUGGAGGAUUUCAUUUACUGAUGUCUUUUAUGGGAGCAAUUGGUCAUAUUAUGCAAGGAAGCGGCGUGAAAGAAGUACUAGCAGAGAUCUAUGCGUCAAAAUCAUUAGAAAAAAUGCUGAAUGGUCAUGCUUACGCAAGAGCUGUUCGAGCUCAUACACUACUUCAGCUUACUUUGGCAAUUAUAAUAUUAAAAGAAGUUGAAAUGAAUGACAUAAUGGAUGCAGAUCUAAUCGUAAAUAUCGAGCAUAUAUUAGGUAAUACUCUUUCAUACAAUGAUAUUGAAAAUGACGAUGAAGUAUCUGGAGCUUUACUUGAUAAAUUUAAUCAAAAACUAAAAGAAUAUGAGGAACGAGGACCAACUGAAAAACUUUGGAUUCAAUAUUUUUGUAUGGUUUCCAUUGCUAAAAAAUUCCUAAGAGCUGAGCGUAUGGGGGAUUGGAAAGCUCAUUUAAACUGCGUCAAAGAAAUGCUUCCUUAUUUUCACGCGUCUGGACAUUUUCCUUAUGCUAAAUCUGCACACCUUUACUUGCAGGAUAUGGAACAAUUACAGAAUUUGAUUGAUCCUGAAGUUUACGAAAAGUUUUCAGGAGGAUUUUUUACAGUUAGACGUUUAGACAAAUUAAGUUGUGGAACUUCACCGUACAUGGUAAUCGAGCAAUCUAUGAUGAAAGCUAUGAAGACAGAUGGAGGUAUUGCUCGAGGGAGAAGUACAAAAGAGAGCGUCAUCAGUAAAUGGGUUUAUAGUAUGCAUGCUAUGAAUACAGUUUGUGACAAAUUAGAAGAUAUCGCUAAUGUUAGGAUGGAUACGACCGAGCAGCAUGUUGAUGCAAGUGAUUCACGAGUAAAAAAAGAUGCUAGAGACAUACGAAGACUUUUAGAGUGGUUCUCAACGCAUGAUCCUUUUCCAGAGGUUAACAAAAUUGUUUCUAUUGCGAGUGGUGUCGUUGGUGACGAUAAAAUUAAUUGUUAUAAAGCUCGUGAAGUUGGACUUGCUUCUAUGGCAAAAAUGACAGGACUGACAUUUAAUAAUAUUAAAUUAAAACGCGCUGAUAAAGUUGUUCCUCUCUUAGCUAUGACUAGUUCCAUAAAAGUUCAUGAAGAAAAAGUACCUAUUGACCCUGUAUUAUUGUUCCAACGCAUGAGUAUUACUGCAGCAUUUCAAGAUAAAAUUGAAAAAUAUUUUGAAUAUGAAUUAGCUCCCUACCUUUUAUCGUUAUUUGAUGACAUCGGGAUGCGUAAAACACAGAAAUCUACCAUUUACGAUUGUUUUGAAAAAGUAAAUAUUGAUAUUAACAACACUAAUGCGACAUACAUCAUUGACGGAGGAUACUUACUACACCGCGUUGUGUGGGAUAGCGAAGAAACAUUCAACGUUAUCUUGGAUAAAUACGUUCAGUAUGUACGUCGACAUUUUGGUCCCAGAGUUACUGUCGUAUUUGAUGGCUAUGAUGAUUGCACGAGAAAUAUCAAAGCUGCAGAACAACGUCGUCGAACUUUAGCAACAUCUUCAUCUUCUGAUAUUUUAUUUGAUGAACUUAUGACCGUCCCAACCAGUCAACAGAAAUUUCUUACAAAUACCCACAACAAGUCUCGGUUCAUUUCAAUGUUGAAAGAAAAGUUUACGGCUGAAAAUAUAUUGGUAAAACAAGCUAAUAAUGAUGCUGAUGUAUUGAUUAUUGAAACAGCAAUAGAGCAAUUCAAUUUGACAAAUACAACUAUUGUUGUUGGUGAAGAUGUUGACUUACUUGUAUUACUCACUGCUCGAACGCCAACUGAAAAAACUAUUUUUUUCUUAAAACCAGGAAAAGCUCAGCAUCAAUCAGAUAUAUAUUCAUCAAAAAGUUUAUUUACUUUAGUAAAGUGUAAAGAUCAUGUACUAUUUUUACACGCAAUAACUGGCUGUGAUACGACAUCUGCAUUUUACAGGAGGGGUAAAACAGCAGUUUUCAAAAUGUUUGAAAAACAAGAUUUAAUUCAAUGGGCUGAAGUUUUUAAAAAGAGUAAUUCAACUCAACAAGAAGUUAUUACCAACGGCAUCCGCUUUCUUCUUUCUAUGUACGGAGCUCCUAAAAAAACUACCUGUUUAGAUAAGCAUCGAUAUGCAUGUUUCGUUAAAAAUACUAAAAAUAAAAAACAAGUUCAAUUAGCUUGUCUUCCUCCAACCUCAGUUGCUGCUCACCAACAUCUUUUUCGAAUAUAUUACCAAGUUCAAGUGUGGCUUGGUUAUCAGCUAGACCCUACAGACUGGGGUUGGAAGUUGGUCAACAAUAUAUUAGAGCCAGUUCAAACUUUACUUCCACCUGCGCCGGAAAAACUGCUGAACACUAUUUUUUGCAACUGCAAAAAGGGAUGCAGUGCUAAAUGUGGUUGCAAAAAAGUCGGACUGUCUUGUUCUUUGGCAUGCACAAAUUGUCAAGGCUGGUCGUGCUCUAAUAUUGAAUCACAAACAAUGGAGGAUUCGUUUGACUCCGACGAAGUAUCAUGCGAUACAUCGCUAUUGACGCAAUUUACUUGCAUCCAAAAUGAAGAUGAAGAAGAAGCAGGAGAAGAAGAACAAGAAUUUGAAACUUACGAAUAAGACGAAUAAACUUCAACACUUUUUUUUCAUUUACAUUGCUUUUAUCUUUCCCAAUCUUUGAAAAUUUCCGUUAUUUUGCAAUAGUUUGACAUUAAACAGGAUCACAACUGACCCGUGGAGUAGGCCUACUGGGGAAACCACGUUAAAAAAAACGCGCUAAGUACACUACCUCAUAGGUGGCGUGGAAACGUGUGCAUAUUAUGACGAUAGCAACUUUUAUAACUUUUUGAAUCGUUAUAUCUCAGAAACGGUGGCUCGUAAGAAAAAAAGUAUUGAUACAUUUUUUUAUAGAUAAUUUUAUGAUCUACAAUUUUUGUCUGAGGUACUUUUAUGAUAAAACUUACCGUUUUGCUGAAAAUCGCGAAAAACUCAUUUUUUUGACCUUUGACCUUGAAUUAAAUUUUUUCCUUACAGGGGAAUGAUGGGGAACUUCUAGACAUUGUUUAUAAUUAUGUUUUGAACAACUUCACAGAAAUUCAGCUUGUUGGGACUUUAUGUAACUUCGAAUGUCUAAAUUGACCGGACUAAUUCCUAGAAUGACAUUGCGUAAUAAGCUGAAAGGAAGAGCUCCAGAAUCUUCAGGUCGCGUGGGUCCGGAAUCUGUACUUGGUCAUCAUAUCGAAGAAAAAUUGGAAGAGUGGUUGUUAGGGACUAGUAAGAUGGGUUUUCCGAUAAAUAAGGAUUUUUUGAUACACUCUGUGAAACAAUUAGUGGAAGCAGAAGAGAUGAAAAAUCCGUUUAAAAACAAAAUCCCUGGAAGAAAGUGGUUUGAAGGUUUCCUUAAACGUCAUCCACGCGUUGGACAAAAAAGAGCUGAACAUCUUUGCAAGGUUCGGGCAGUUGUCACUGAGAGUAGUAUACGUUCUUGAUUUUCGCAUGUAGCCGAAGAGCUUGGUGAAGAUAUUAAAAUUCUUGAAGAUCCUAGACGGGUUUUUGAUAUGGAUGAAACAGCAAUACAUCUUGCGCCAAAGGGUGGUCUUGUUUUGGCCGAAAGAGGAAAGGCUGUCUACGAUGUAGCUGGUAAUGAGAAAAAAAAUGUAACGACAUUGUUUAAUGUUAAUGCUGCUGGAGAGUUUGCACCCCCAUUAAAAAUAUUCAAAUACGAACGAUUACCGAAGAUUUGUGUUGAUUCUGCUUCAAAGAAUUGGGGGAUAGGGAAAUCGGAAAACGGAUGGAUGACUAGUGAAGCUUUUUAUGAAUACUUUCCAAAUGUUUUUUAUCCAUUUCUUCAAGAGAGUGAAAUUGAACUCCCAGUGAUUGUAUUCUUAGAUGGUCAUGUCUCUCACAUGUCGAUCCAUCUAAGUAAGUUCUGUAAAGAGAAACAAAUUAUCCUGUACUGUUUCCCACCACACGCAACACAUAUUCUUCAGCCACUCGAUGUAUCUUUUUUUUCCCGUUAAAACAACGGUGGAAGAAUUUGGUCCGUAAUUGGCGAAUCGAAAAUAAUGGUGCUGAUGUGCAAAAACAUAAUGUUCCAGCUUUUUUGUCAAAGCUCAUCAAUGAAGAAAAUUUUGUUAAUGUUAUUAAGAGUGGAUUUAAAGCUUGUAGUCUACUGUCCCCACUACGAAACUUUUCUGGAAGUAAUUGCCAAACUCAAUUUUUUUUUGUUUUAAUGUAAAAAAAUUCAAGGAAUCCAAUGGUGCAAUUUGCACGCAAAUUUGAGUUGCCGAUUUUUUUUUAUUUAUAAAAAACUGUUGCAAAAAAUGUUUCAGCUGACUUUAAUCAAUUUGUACGGAAAUACUUUUUCCGUGGAGUUGUUUAAACGUUAAUAAUGAAAAAGUUCAAUGUUUUCUGAAUCUAUUGGUCACAAAUUUUCCAUAAAAUCAUUCAUUGUUAAUAACAAAAUAAUACAAUUAAAAAAAAAAAUACUUGCCUAACAGGUGAGCUUGUUACCGACACAGUCUGCGCAGCUCUUGAGUGGGCAAAGUUGCGCGCGCAUAGAAUUGUGUUCCAACAAUUAGUUAACCUCCGAUUCAUUACAUUACGAAUAUUUGUAGAUGCUGUAUUCUUUAUACGAGUUAGUGUUAUAUUUUAAUUAUUGUAAAAAUAAACGAAUAUGGAAUCGACAAGCCCAUUGAAUUCUACCGCCCCUGAAAAUGUUAAUCCGACAUAUAUAAUAUACAUUUUUAUUAUUUAUUAUUUAGAUAAUAAUUUUUGAAAAACACAAUUAUUUUAAUGAAUUAAAAAAAAAAUUUAUUGAUAAUGUUAUUUGUCAUACGCCGUGAUAAUUCAAACGGACCCAGCGGCGCGCGCAACUUUCCCCACUCAAGAGCUGCGCAGACUGUGUCGGUAACAAGCUCACCUGUUAGGCAAGUAUUUUUUUUUUUAAUUGUAUUAUUUUGUUAUUAACAAUGAAUGUUUUUAUGGAAAAUUUGUGACCAAUAGAUUCAGAGAACAUUGAACUUUUUUAUUAUUAACGUUUAAACAACUCCACGGAAAAAGUAUUUCCGUACAAAUUGAUUAAAGUCAGCUGAAACAUUUUUUGCAACAGUUUUUUAUAAAUAAAAAAAAAAUCGGCAACUCAUAUUUGCGUGCAAAUUGCACCAUUGGAUUCCUUGAAUUUUUUUACAUUAAAACAAAAAAAAAUUGAGUUUGGUAAUUACUUCCAGAAAAGUUUCGUAGUGGGGACAGUAGACUAUUGGGGCAUAUGCCCAUUCGAUGCUGACGCAGUUGAUUACACUAAAUGCGUUGAGAUGAAAGAAUUUCAAAAUGAUCACAAUAUUUUUAACGAAUCUGAUUCACAAAAAUCAUCACAAGUUUCAUCUCAUUGACAAUUCGUUGAAAGUAAAAUUGAUGCAGAAGUUUUACAACGAUUCAAGAACGCAAGAGCCGCAGGCAUUGGUUGGGAAGCUGAUGAUAAAAACGAGCUUUGUAUGAUCUUUGGGUCAAGGCUGUAGAAGAUGAUAAAAAUGUUGAUAAUGAACUGCAAUCUUCAUCGUGCCUCACUCUCGCGUCUAAAGAUCUCAAUCCUUCGAUUCCCAAUGACAACGACAUUAUUGAAUUUCCGUUUCCUGAAUUUUCAGAGCCUAUUCUUGAUGAAGUCGAUGAACAAUUGGAAUCCUUGAUCUCUCACAGUCCUAACCAAAAUUCAGAUUUUGGAGUUCCUUUUUUACUUGAACCUCCUAUCCCUUUAGAUAUUGAUAAUCAUUCUACCAGUGUUAGACCAAUUCUUCCUUCCAGUGAUAACGCUAUCCAAUCAUCACCUGUUAUUAUUGAGGUAACAAAACCUGAUGCUGUUUCUUCUGUUAGCACGGAAAAUGUAUCUAAUCCUAAUACUAUAACAAUGCGUCGAAAAUCAUUAGACGAAGUCAUAAAUGAAAUAGUUAUGUGGCCUAAGUCUAAAAAACAGUCAUCAAAGCGCAAACGUGCAGUUGAACAUUUGCCUUCAGUAAUAACAGCUGAUAAGUGGAUAGAAAUUAUGGAAGCUAAAGAAAA